AAAUAAAUAAAAAAGGCAAAGAGAAAAGUUGAAGCAUUUACUUCACAUUACAAUACACCAACAAAAGGUCAUACAGAAAUCUUCAACCCCCUUCCACAUUUCACCUUCUUCCUUCUCCAACCCUUUAAUUAGAUUCCUCCUGUGGGGGUCUUCCCCCAUUAGAUUUUACAGAUUCCUAUACAUAAAGGCUAAAGAAGCACCAUCUCAAAUUCUCAAUCCCUUUCAUUUCAAAAUGCUUGAUUUUGGCUAUUCCCAGUGGUUUUUUUCUGGAUUGAAAAGCUCAAAAAUCAUCUGGGUUUUUACGUAAUUACCUUCUCUGCCGAGACUGUUCUCUGUUUUUUCUGCAGAAGAAGCUUCCCGAAACGAGCCAGUAAUACAUUAUUAAGGAUUUGAGUACAACAAUCGUUGUUUUUUGAUUUUUUUAAUAUUUUUUUCCUGGUCAAAAAAACUAGCUCCCCUUUUGUUCUCUUGUGAAAUUUCUUGCGUUUGUGAUUGAGGACAAAGGGAGAUGGGGAAGCAAGGACCAUGCUAUCACUGUGGUGUUUCAAGCACUCCUCUUUGGCGUAAUGGGCCACCCGAAAAGCCAGUUCUAUGUAAUGCAUGUGGAUCACGCUGGAGAACAAAAGGAACACUGACAAAUUAUACCCCUUUACAUUCCUCGAGCUGAAACUGAUGAGGCCCGAGGAUUAUAAAGUUAUCAAGAGUAAAGACAGUAUCUCUUAAGAACAAAGAAAUGCAAACUCCUCCGAAAAGAAAAUUAAACAAUGAUCUCAAUUGUUGGAAGGAUUAAGCCUGAAUAUAACAAUGUUUCACAAAAGAGUCAAGAUGAUGAUACCCGUAAUAGGUCUAGUUCUGGCUCUGCAAUAUCCAACACCGAGAGCUGUGGACAGUUUGGCUAUGAAGAUGCAAGUGAUUUAACAGAUCCAACACAACCAUUGUAUGGGAAAGAAUGACACCUUCGAAGAAGAGGAGGACCUGUAUUGCACAGCCGAAGGUAUCUUCAGUUGAGAAGCUUACUAGAGAUCUCUGUAUCAUCUUAAAAGAGCAACAGGAGUCUUCUCAAUUCUCUUUGUCUUCCCAAGGUGAUUUGAUUUUUGAGAAUGAUAAACCGAUGGUGUCUGUUGAGAUAGGACAUGGAAGUAUGUUAAUUCAAUGUCCUAGUUCAAUAGCUAGAGGGGAGGAGGAAUCUGAAGCAAGCUCACUUUCAUUUGACAACAAACUGCUUAAUGAAGCUCAUUCGUCAUCUCCUCCCUUUUCUAUGAAUUCUCAUAAGGUAGCUCAAACUUGUCCAAAUUUGGAAGCUGAUAAAUUAAAAAGGGAUAUGUCUCAACAGAUUAUGGGAACUCACAAUCCACAACUCCUCUAUGUGGAUCUUAGUGAUAUUGUUAACUAUGAUGUUUUCACACAUUUCCUGUCGCGUGAAGAGCAACAACAAUUACUUAAGCAUCUUCCAUCCUUGGACACUGCAAACUUACCCCAUAGCCUUGAGAGUAUGUUUACAAGCAUUCAAUUUAAGGAGAACAUAAUCUCCUACCAGAAGUUGCUUUCUGAGGAAUGUAGGCCACUGAAGAAACUUCCUUUGUUCAAUGUGUCCGAAACAAAACAGUUGGAACAAUAUGAUAGUAUAUUUAAGGAUGUAAAAGGUAAAGGUAAAGAGGAAAAGGAAAAUGGUGAAGUUGGUAAUUCAACAAAUACUAAGCGGACUUGGAACAACUCAUUCAAAUUCUCAGGAUCGGCGGCAUCUUGUAAGAGCCCCGAUAAAAUAAUAAUGGAGGGAAGCAAUGACAAGGAGGACAAAAGUUGCGACCGACACUUUGUUCCCAAAAAUCUAUUAUCUUUCCCGCCUGAUGGUGGAUCUCUUAUGAUCGACUCUUCUUCCCAGUUUGUAGACAAGCCUUAUGAUGAAGAUCUGCUAUUUGUGCCAUCAAAUAGCUCAUUCCCUGAGGCUGAGCUUCUCAUCCUACCAUCUUCAACUUUUGGUUCCAAAGCAAGUACCAGUAACAACUCCAAAGUUCCUUCCCGGUUUGUUUAAGGCUAUCUUAGCAUCUUAGCCAUUAAACGAGAUUCCUGAGUUGAAACAUUCAGCAUUGAUGAUUGUGUUUUUCUUAUCUUUCCUGAGGUUGGAAUGCUGGGACACAAUUGUGCCUUUUUUUGUAUAGCUUCACCUAAGGCUGUAAAAUAGAUAGUAAAAUAUACUUUAAGAGAGGUAACAUAUAUGAGUUUCUUGUAGAAGCUCACCCCUUUACUUACUAAAGCCAACUUUUAUUUUU